AAGGACCCCGGAGAAGGAAGUUCAAAACAGUCUUGUUCAAUUUGUGGAGUUAUUGUUACAAUGCUUCAUCCCACCCAAAAAGGAUCAAUGUGUGGCACAUGCCAUACACAUUUCCGGAGAACCAAUGGUGGUAUUAGACCAACACUAGGUCCACCACGUCCAAAUAAUCGCCAUUUGAAUGUUGCUCGUAAUAAGCGUUUACCACCACGAGGCAUGUAUGUUAAUCAUGAUGAUCUUCAAUCUAUUGCAUCUGGAUCUAAUGGUCAAGGAGAGACUGUUUUAUCGGCAAUGGACGAUGAGGUUGUAUCAUUAAAAUGCAAAAUACAGUCCAACAAACAAGAAAUUGGGCAUGUGCAUAAGAAGCUUAAACUAGAUGUUACUGAAUAUAGAAAUGUUGAACCUACUACAAGUCGUAUUAUUUCCCGUUGGAGCAAUGAUGAAGUUAUGCUUGCUAUUCAAGKUAUAAAUAAGGAAACUUGACAAUUUUACCACUGU